AUGAAGUCCUGCAAGCCCGGCAACCCCGCGGCCGGGGCGCGCGCGGGGACCCCGUGCGCGGCGGGCGCCGAGUGCGCGGGCGCGUGCGCCGGGGCCGGGCGGCUGGAGAGCGCGGCGCGCCGGCGGCUGGCGGCCAACGCGCGCGAGCGGCGCCGCAUGCAGGGGCUCAACACGGCCUUCGACCGGCUGCGCCGGGUGGUGCCGCAGUGGGGCCAGGACAAAAAGCUGUCCAAGUACGAGACGCUGCAGAUGGCGCUGAGCUACAUCAUGGCUCUGACCCGCAUCCUGGCGGAGGCCGAGCGCUUCGGCUCGGAGCGGGACUGGGUCAAUCUCCACUGUGAGCACUUCGGCCGCGACCCCUACCUCCCGUUUGCGGGCGCGAAGCUGCCGGGCGAGAGCGAGCCCUACGGUCCGAGGCUCUUCGGCUUCCAGCCCGAGCCCUUCCAGAUGGCCAGCUAG